UUUUAUCAGUUGAAAAGCAACCUUUGAUUGCGUAAGACACACUCGUCAAAUCGACUACUAGUUAGUAAUAAACGUAAAUGUUUGUUCGUCGAUUCGACUACUAGUUAGUGACACACGCUGUUUUUGGUUCAUCGAUUUGACGUAUAGUUAUAAAUAAAGGUUUAAAAAUGGCAUGUGAACUGGAUGAUGACGAAGUAAUGCGUUUACUUGAAGAAAUUAAUUCAGAUGACAGUGAAAUUGAGGACACUAUUAUUGAAGAUUUUGAGGAGGAAGAUAGCGAUGCGGAUCCAGAAUAUUAUCCACCUGCAAUUCAAGAUGAAGAUAUGAUUGAGAACAUCAUAAAUAUUCAAAAUGAAGGUAGUCAAAAAAAACCUGUGAAAAACAAGGGUAAGAAAAGUACAAACCCCCCUGCUAACACCCGUGAAACAGAGCUACCAAUAAGUUCCAGAAUUUUUUUUGAAAAUGACAACGUAGUUGGAAAGAAUGGAUUUAAAUGGCAAAGUAAAUGUAAUUUGAAAUGAAGAACUGUCAAAAAUAUACAAACCAGGAUUAUACCUAACAAUAGACGAACAGUUAGUUGGUUUUCGAGGUCGUUGCCUGUUUAAAAUGUAUAUUCCGUCAAAACCAAAUAAAUAUGGAAUAAAAAUAAU